UGAUUUCCGCGCAGACCGGAAAGGUCGAUUUCCGCGAAGGCCACGUCUCCCGUGAAGCGAGAGGGUGGCGAUGGAGGCCGCCGAGGUGACGCCCGCGCGAGAACCGUCGCCUCCUCCGCUGGACGCGCCGCUGCUCGCGCCGGACUUGGUGCCGCUGUCGGUGCUGGUGGCGCUGGUCGUCGUGGCCCUCAGUUUGCUGAUCUUGAAAUUUGUCCAGACCAGGAAGAGCAGUCGGAGGGCAGUGCUUCUAGUGGGCCUCUGUGACUCAGGCAAAACUCUUAUGUUUGCUAGGCUGUUAACAGCCAAUUUCCAAAAUACCCAGACUUCCAUAACAGAAAAUUCUGCCUUGUACAGAGUUAAGAAUGACAAGAAUUCAAGUGUGACUUUAAUUGCCCUUCCAGGACACGAGAGCUUGCGGCUUCAGUUCUUGGACAGGUUCAAGGCUGCCGCUAGGGCGAUUGUGUUUAUUGUGGAUAGUGUAGCAUUCCAGCGGGAGAUGAAGGAUGUGGCAGAGUUCCUGUACCAGAUCCUGACUGACAGUGUGGUGCUCAAAAAUGCUCCUCCACUUCUAAUAGCCUGCAACAAGCAAGAUGUCACAAUGGCAAAAUCCUCCAAACUAAUACAGCAGCAGUUGGAAAAAGAACUCAAUACUUUACGGGUGACCCGCUCAGCUGCUCCCAGCACAUUGGAUAGUGCAAAUUCUGGAUCCGCGUCUCAGCUUGGGAAGAAGGGCAAGGAAUUUGACUUCUCGCAGUUACCCAUGAAAGUGGACUUUAUAGAAUGCAGUGCCCGAGGAAGCAAGGGAGAGGAGGGCAGUGCUGACAUUGAGAGCUUAGAAAAAUGGAUAGCCAAAAUUGCUUGAGCACAGGGAAACAUCAGUCAGCCACUAAAACACGUGUGAAUUUGAAUAGUAUAUAAAAUCUAAAGCAAGAAGGGUGGGUCCUGGCAACAGCUUAAGCGAGGUGGUGGGAGUCCCUGGAAGUACAAUAAUGGAAAGGUCAUUCUAUGUUCUGCUGUACUCUGGAAUGCUUUAAUGCUUAUUGGUGUUCUGGCUUCAUUAUACUGAAGAGUCUCCCCAAAUAUACACCACAGGGUUCAGUCCCUUUUCUCCUUCCCUUUCUGUCGUCAUUUUGUUUUGUACUGUGUCUUAUCUAGCUAGGCUUUACGUGAGGAUUCUAUAUUGGAUGAAAGUUAUUUGAGAGUUGUCGAAGGCUUUCAUGGCCAGAGUGUUGUGGGUUUUCACUGCAGUGUGGCCAUGGUCUGGUAGUUUUUCCUCCUAAUGUUUCACCCGCAUCUGUGGCUGCCAUCAAAGAUGCCAGACAGAUGUGGGCAAAAUGUUAGGAGACCAUGACUACAUAGCUCAGAAAACCCGCAGUGGGCAGUUAUAUGAGAGUUAUUUGUAAGCAUUAUUUCAGAAUUGGAAUUUCUUCCUCCUUGCUUGCUUCCAAAUGGUAGCUUCAUCAGAGAUGCUCCUGGCAAAUACCUUCUUGUUCAUGAGCAACCGUGAAAGCCAUAGGCAUAUGGCUAUACAGAUAUUUCAGUAGAGGUUGACAUGCCUAGCAUUCAUUUUUCCUUUGCUACAUUUCUGGUCUGCUACUUCUGCGAGCUGCUUUUGAAUAAUUGCUCUGGAGAGCUAGGAAAUCCAAGUUGUUGGCCAUGUUUUGGGUUUUGUUUCCAAGCCUUUUUCCCAGUCAAAGGAUGAAAAGUGGUAUAUUAUGUAUUGCUGAGUUCAUGUUACAGUAUUUGAAAUAUGCUUAUAGCAAACGUCCAUAUUAAUUGACUGAUAUGUCCUUGGUUGGGGGGAUCUUGCUCAGUUUUGGUAUGAACUAGUGUACGAUGUGUACGUUUGGUAUGAACCAAACGAUGAUAAUGUUAUGUGACUGUUCUUCAUUCUGUCUCUUUCACUUCUUUAUGGAUGUUGUCUUAAUUUUCUGAGGAGAGAAUUGUCUGUUCCUAGGCUUGUACUUUUGGAAAAUAAUUUGUGAUGUACUUUAGCGUCUCCUGCUUGGCCACCAAGUCAGAGUGUGCUUCUUUAUAUGACUUUCAUAUAUUUUGCCACAAAUUCCUUAUCAACAAGAUGAUGUUGCUUGCAAUGACAGUAAUAUGUCACAAGAAUUACUUGGGCCUACUUCAUAUAAUAUGAAAGAUAUGUUUGCUGCAUGUCCCAGCAGUGAACAGUUAAUAUUUGGGAGCUGAGCAAAUUCAAACAUUUGGUAAGCAGGUGCCUGUAAGCCUCACCCAGCUGUUGUUCCUGGAUGUGUGUUUCUCUGUCUAUUCCAUACCUGCACCUUUUUCAUAUUGUGUGAAACAUACCCAAAGCUUUAUCUGCACUCAGUAUAUGUUACAGUUAGUAGCAUGGCCUGGUCCCAAUUAUGGAUUGGUUGAAAAUUGAUCUUGUAUCUUUAAGCAGCACCUGCUUUGGAUUGCAGAUUACUUCAUUAGCUUCCACACCAUGUUAGCAAGACAUGACGGCUCAGUGCAAGAAGAAUGUGCAUCUCAUGAUGCCCAUGACCCAAGAUACAGUAAGCUUUGUAUGUACUGCGUUUUCAGACUCACAAAUGUAAACAUCUAAAUUAUUCUUGGAAAAUAUCUGUGAAUAAAAUCAUUUGGUUAACUGGU